AGCUCCGUUACUUAUAUACACAUUCCUCUGAACAAGUUACUUGAGAAACUCAAUUCUUCUUCAAUCAACUUCCACCAUAUCACAUCAUAAUGGCAAACACAAUGUCAGACGUCGCCAACAAGGCAGCUUGGCUCACUGAGGCAAAGGCCAACCCCCUCAAGGUUGACCAUGCUCCCAUGCCUAAGCCUGGCGCAGAUGAGGUCGUUAUCAAGAAUGCAGCUUUGGCAGUCAACCCAGUCGAUUGGAAGAUCCAAGACUAUGGGCUCUUUAUUCAAAACUUCCCAAACGUACUGGGCACUGACGUCGCUGGAGAAAUCUACGAUGUUGGAUCAGAUGUCAAGAACUUCAAGAAGGGUGACAGAGUUCUAUCCCACUGUAUCGGUCUCGGCACGGGCAAGCCCCAGAAUGCUGGCUUCCAGUUGUUCACAGCAUGCCCCGAGAUCUUGACAUCCAAGAUCCCCGAGCAAGUCUCCUACACCGAUGCCGUCGUCCUGCCCUUGGCCAUCUCCACAGCAUCAGCCGGUCUCUACCAAAAGGGCUACCUCGAGCUGCCCUACCCGACUUCCUCCCCCAAGUCAUCCGGAAAGGUCAUUCUCAUCUGGGGUGGUUCCAGCAGUGUCGGCUCAACAGCCAUCCAGCUAGCCGUAGCCAGUGGCGUCCAAGUCAUCACCACAGCCUCCAAGCACAACCACGACUACUGCUCCAAGCUCGGUGCAAAGGCCGUCAUCGACUACAACAGCUCAUCAGUCGCCGACGACAUCGUCGCCGCAAUCAAAGACACCGGUGCCGAGUUCGCCGGCAUCUACGACAGCAUCUCCCUGCCCGAAACCUUCAAGCACUGUUUCGAAGUCUUGCAAAAGGCCGGAGGCAGCAAGAACAUGGCUACCGUCCUACCUCCUCCCGAGGACAAGCCCUCCGAUCUUAAUGUCCAAGGCGUCUUUGCCAUCACCAUUGCUAACCAGCACAAGGAGGUCGGUGAUGCAGUUUGGCAAAAGUUCGUCCCUGGCGCUAUCCAUAGCGGAGACUUGAAGUGCUUGCCUGAGCCUUUGGUUGUCGGAAAAGGUCUUGACAGUGUUCAGAAGGGUCUUGACAAGUCAAAGGCUGGUGUCAGUGCUAAGAAGGUGGUCAUUGAGCUGUGAGAAGCACUACGUAGGCUUGUUGAGUAAUGGAUCAGCACAAUAUGACAAAAUGUAACUUUUCAACAUGAACAAUGUUCCGAUG